ACGCGAUAAGCACGCAUUUUAUUUCAAAACAUGUUUUUAUUUACUUAAAAAUUCAAUUCUUGAAAUGUUAGACAUAAACGUGACGAAAGAUAAGUUGUAAUCAGGCGAAUCCCAUUUUAAUAUAAGAGCAAAACAAAUUAACAGCUGGCUAGUUAUUUGAGUAUUUAGCAAACGUACGCGUAAAGAACAGUUAUUUUUACUGACGUUUUCCUGUUUAACCUUCAUAAAAGUGAAUUUUCUUUUGCCAUAUUCAGAAAUUGACAUAUGUCAGUGUCAGUGACUAUUUGUCAGUGCAGUGAAGAGUGUAGUUAUCAAAAUCAAAACAAAACUGUUAAAGAAUUAUAGAAGACAGAAGAACAAAAAAUGAAGAAACUGGAUCCUAUCACUGAGAGAGAUUUAAUAUUUCACGAACUAAUUGAGGAAUGUAAACAUGCAGUACCUGGCGCAAUGCUACCCUAUGGCCUUCGUAAUAGACUAGAAAAGUGUUCCCCAGAAGCUAGAAGGGACAUAGUGAAUAGAGUGAAAAAAGGUUGUUCCCCCUUGUUUAUCGCUUGCAAAAAAGGACAGACGGAAAUUGUUGAAUAUCUUAUUAACGUUUGUUCAGCGGAUGUUGAGCAGAAAGGACUGUAUGAAGUCCAGGAGGAUAGAUCCACCCACGUUGUAACUCCAUUAUGGUGUGCCGCAGUAUCGGGCAAACUAGAAGUCGUCCAGACGUUGUUAUACAACGGAGCAGACAUAAACGCCGUCUCAGACACGGGCUCUACCGCCGUUCGUUCUGCCUGUUACAUGACUCAUUUCGAUAUCGUCAAAUAUUUAGUUAGUCAUGGCGCAGACAUUAACAGGGCCAAUUUUAAUGGCGGGACGUGUUUGAUAAAUUCCGUACAGAGCACACCUCUGUGCGCGUUUCUCUUAAAAAAUGGAGCGAACGUCAAUGCAAGAGAUAUACAAAACAAAAGCGCUCUUCAUUACGCUAUACAAGAACACAGAUUAGAAACUACUCAGUUACUUUUAAAAUACGGAGCAGACUACAAUGCAAAAUCAAGAUAUGGAGACGAUGCUCUACAAAUGGCAUGCUUGAAAGGAUCGACGAGAAUUUUCAAACAUCUCAUUACAACAUUCAACUAUCCUAUCGAAAAAAUAGUUGAUGCUCACGAGCUGAUGGGAGCAACGUUUUUGGAUGAGCAUAACGAGUGGGAUAUAGCUAUACAUCAUUGGAAAACCGCGUUGCGUAUCCGACAAGCGUACAAUUUGUUCCCAAAACAACCAGUAAUGGAAUCUCAAGAAGGAUAUAGAUACCAAAAAGAGUUCGAAACGUUCGAAGAAUUAGAAAAUAUUACGUCAGAUGAGGAUUCCAUGCGAAUACAGAGUUUAAUUAUUGCCGAACGAAUCCUAGGAACAUAUCACAAAGAUACCAUAUUCAGGUUAAUGUAUCGAGGUGCUUCGUACGCGGACGUAUUGCGCUAUCAGCGAUGCAUAGAUAUUUGGCGAAGGGCGUUACAAAUUCGGAUAGAAAAGGAUACUGUCCUGUACACGGAUACGUGUUUUGCCGCGCAAGCUUUAGUCAGACUAAUGAUGGACUAUCACACUAAAUCUGUCAAACAUGGAGACGAUAAAGGCAGACAUCACAGAUUUUAUGAUAUUAUGUCAGUGUUCCAUCUUCUGACGCACAACAUCAUCGAAAUUAGACAACUGUUAAACAUACGACCCGUUUACAAGCGACAAGUGGAUUUCUUUGACAAAAUGUUGAAAUGUAUCGCCCAUCUAAUCUAUCUGAUGGUAGAAACCAUGUCCACCGACGAUGAAGUUGCGAUUGUGAAGAAAGCUAUAUCGGAUUUUUUGAGGAAAAACAUCAGAUGCGUACAGUUAGGAGAUACGAUAUUGCAUAUGUGCGUUUCAAAAUUGAAUACGAUCAGAUCUAACUAUUUUAUGAACGAAGAACCUAUUAUGAUAUUUCCUAAAGCCAGUGUAGUUCAAUUUUUGUUGCAAUGUGGAGCACCUGUCAACGAAAGAAAUGAACAAGGACAAACGCCUUUGCACAUCAGCACGCUCACUUAUAACUACUCAGAGCAGAUAGUCAAACUGCUGCUCCAGUACGGCGCUCACAUAGACAUACCAAAUCUCGAAGGCAAAGCCCCCAUAGAAGCCAUCGAAUGUCUCAAACCCGACCAAAAGAGCAACCUCAAUUUGUUACAGUAUUUAUCUCUAAAAUGUGUUUGCGCGACGGUCAUUUGCAAGAACAAAAUCCCCUAUACAGAUCAAAUACCAAAAACGCUGGAACAUUUCGUAAAGUUGCACGAACCGUAGAUUGUUGUGUUGAUAACUUAUAUUUGCUUUUUGCUACUAAAUACCGGUGAAUAUUUUUUGUGAUAUUUAGAUUGUAUUAACCGGUGAGUAUUCGGAAUCUAGCCACAGAUCAUCUGGUGAAUUGCGAGGGGGAAAAUACAUUAAAAUAUCUGAUGCACAUCUUAUUUAACUAUUUUACUACAGUAUUGUUUGAAUUAAUAUCAACUAAACAGAUAAUUUCAACUAGACAACAUUUAUUAGUUGUUAUAGAUGAUAAAAAAGAGUAAAAAUACAAUUUUAGUUGUUUAUAUUAGGAACUAAUAUAUUCCUUGUUGGCUUUUUAAUUUUUUGGGAACAUUUUGGCUUUUAUAAUUUUUUGGGAACAUUUUGGCUUUCGAACUCGAAAAUUUUUACAAGUUUUAUCACUUGUUGCUUUCCAAACUAUUAGGAUGACCGCAUCAAUCAGGUUUGUUUUUAUUGUCUAUUUUAUGAAAUCUAUCGUUUAUAACAAUUCACGUAUUUUGAAUGGGUUCAAAUCCGGUGACUUUCAUGGCCAUUAAAGACAUCGAAUAUGUUUGAUCUUGAAAGACUGCUUGACCGUUUACAUUAACUUUUCCUAAUUCGAUUUCCAAUCAAUGUUCCAGCGAUUCUGACAGUUGAUCGUGCAUAAUGUGUCUGGUACGUUUCUAAGAAGAGCAACUACACAACAUAUUUUAGAUGAAGGUUCAACUGUUUACAAAAAAAUAGCUCUCAUGUGAGAAAGCACACAUUUUGAACACUCCAGGUGAGAUAUUUUUGCCUAAUCUGUCCAAAAGGCUGUCCAUAACUGUUUUUUUCCUAUGUAUGGUCUCUUUUAUCAACAGUCAAUAACGAUAACUAGCUAUCUUAUGAUAAGUCUUGAUGAAGUUCUUUGGUUGUUUUUCUUUAUUAAAAAAACUUCAUCCAUUGCUACUGUCUUUCUCUUCCUUCUGCAUUUGCCUUUUCUAU